AUGGCUGACCAACAAUUUCGAGAGAACAGCAACGCCGAAAUGUCCGGUGCCGGUCCCGCUCUAGAUGCACAGAAAAAAGAGAUUAAGAAGGCAGUGCCGGCCGUUAUCAAAGCUAUGAGGAAAAAGAUUCGAGAGCGACAUGCCAGCAUGAAAAGGAGGGCCACCCAAAAGUUAAUGAGCCGCAAACUUGCUCACUCUGCCAAGCCUUCUGCAGCCUCCAAGAAAGCAUUGGCUCUGCGUCGAAAGGCUGUCAAGACGGGGAAGUUGUCAAUCAAAGGCAGCCGAGCUGUUGCCAAGGCCCUGAAAACUAAAGUGUGUGCGGCCUCGAAGAUGCGUUUGAUCAAGGGAAGCAACAAUGCAGCCUCUGUGAAACCGGGACCCAGCAGGGUUCGCCCCUCAAUGAAGAAGGUUGUCAAGAAGGCCAUUAAAAUGACCAAGAAAACAAAGUCCUCAUCUUCGGCUCACCUUAAGAAGAGGAGCCUCUCACUCAAACGAAAAUAG